AUGGGACGACGAAAGCUGCCUUCGAUACCAACACAACGAGCAGAGAAGGUCAGCAAAACGCUUCCCGUUCCUGUCUACCUCACUUCAAGCUCCCCAGUUGCUGUAUCCUCUACCUUUGAUCGACAAUAUCAUUCUCAGGAUUAUCGUAUCUGUUCACGAGCCACAUCUGGUGCUGCCUCCUUAACUGAAUUGUCAUUACCGUCGUCAUCAUCGAGCUCUCACUGUCGUACCAAAGAUCCUGCCAUACUUCCUGGAGCAGUGAUUGUGAAUACGAAAUACAAAUUACCACUUCGACAGACAACUUCCGCUGCAUCGUGUUCUCGCUCUUCAGUAUUGUCGCAGCCAUCCGGUACAAAAUUGCCUAGUCUCUUAGCUAGGGUAUUACUAAAAAAGGAGCUGAAGGAAGUGUUGAAAAGAAGGCGAGAAUCUCUAGAAGCCUGUGAAAUAGAAGCCAAUCAGAGACAGUAUGUCGUUCAUCGCAUGCUUAUUACGGGCCUCCUACCUGAAUAUCGCCCCGCUGACAUCGAUAAUAUCCCAAACGUUAUACCAUGCUUAUUACCUCUAGAAUUGAUAAGUGGUGCUCGUGUGGUACCGAGUGAAGUACCAACUACAACAACCUCAGUAACAACCAGUUUAGUGCCUAAAUGUGAUACCAUGCAAUCUGGUUCGUUAUCAGUUGAAAGUAGUACGCAUGAAAUAGGCAUUUCUACUGAUGACCUCUAUUCAGAAUCACAUUUAAAAUCAGUUGGCGUUCAGUCGGAAAAUUUGCCUGCUACUACUGUUACAAACACUGCCCAACCUAGCUCAGUGUAUCAUUAUGUAUCUGUUGCUUCUCUUAGACAGCAAGUUGAACGUGAUCAUCUCGGUGAAUUUAUUUCCAAUACCGAUUCAGCAUCAGCAAAAGAACCAAAGUUUCGCUCGACAGAAACCCAAACAAAUGGCGCCGUAAGUUAUGAUAGUUAUAGUACUCUUUCUACUCCCCAUCGUCAUCUUGGCUCUACGAAUAAUCAGUUUUCGGCUUCAGAACCAAAUUUAUUGGAAUCGACAGCAAAGUAUUUUGCCGAGUAUGACAGACAGCUUAGAGAGCAUGGCAGACGGUUAAAAAACCGAUUUGCUUUUAGUGAUGAUGAUUCAGUGAAUCGCGAAGCAAGAACUCAGAAAGUUAUGGAUGAACUGGCCCAACGAAAAGAGAAAAUUUCAUCGAUGAUUAACUUAUACUCGCCUUCUACUUUCCCUACUAUCCAUCCUUCUUCCGAUUAUUCUUCCACUGUUCCACAUUAUGGAUCUUUACCAAGAAUUGAUUUUCCUACUACACAUUCACCUAGAUCAAUCAUGCGAGACUAUGCAAAUGUGAGUCGGAGUCGAACUCCGUUUGGUUAUGGAUCCUUGCCUCGGAACUAUGAACGUUAUAUUAGUCGGAAUUAUGAAGAUAUUCAAAGGGAUUAUUUGCACUCACCACCAAUGCCGACACGACCUUAUGAUGCUCAUACAAGUUCCUGGAAUGAGCUGAAUUCCACAAUAGAAGAAGAUUUCAUGCAAGAUCCUAGAAUGAGACCAUAUACUGCUUCCUCUGCAAAUCGUUCUGGUUCACGUUUUAUGUAUAAUCCUCCUUCAGGAUCAAGAGGAUCAACUCGCCCAGCAGCAAAAGUUGCAUAUGAUGAUUUGUACACACCACACUAUUUGCGUAAUUCACGUGUCUAUAGCCUUGAUGGUCCUCAGAGUUUACCUAACACAGAUUUUGUGUCUCAGUAUGCUAAUUAUUUGAGCAAUCAAUUUAUUACGGAUCAGCAGAAACUAGUGAGUAAUUAUCCGAAGGAAGAACAGACAUAUUUUAACCAAGUCAAAAAGCAACCUUAUGUUUAUAAUUCUGUUUUGAAUAAUCAAACAUUAUCUGCAGUAAAUUAUCAGAGCAUGUCACCCUCUGGAAAUUCUUUAAACCCUCCCAGUAUUCAUCCACAUACAGCAGUUCACUAUCCUAAUAUUCCUAAUGUUCGCUCCAAUGUACUUUCCUAUGUGGGGGGUGAGAAUUGGCCCUGGUAUCAUCACUUUCCUUAUCCGAAUAAUGGUCACGUACUAAUUGAUAGGACGUUACCAUAUGCAAGGAAAAUGGAUGCAUUCCCAGAAUCUGCAUCUGCAGUUGGGCAAGUUUACAGUCGGAAUGAUGCAAACUAUGGCUCUAGACCGUUGCAUUAUGCUUCUGAAUAUGGUAAUUAUUAUCGGAACAGGGCAGAUCAACGACUGUGGGAUUCUUCUAAUAGAUAUGUAAAAGGUCGUCAUCCUUAUGUUUCAUAUGCAGGUCAGUAUCACCCAAAUAACCGUUUCGUAAAUGUUAGUGAACAACAAGUUGCUUCUUCAAGUCAGCCAUCAGUACUAGUAGAUAAUUAUUCACGAAUUCGUCAUCGACCUGGUUACACAACCAGAGCUUGGUCAAGUGGAAACAUUCCAACCAGCAGUUACGAUGCUAUUUAUCCCAGACAAGAUUCUUCGAAUCGCUUAUAUGGGCUGAAUAAUCAACGUUCUUUUCAUCCACAUUAUUAUGGUAAUGAAGCCAUUUAA